CAUCAGCGAGCGGCGGCCGCUCCUGCCGCCGCUGCCGCUGCCGCCGCCGCCCGCCUGAGAGCCCGAUGGGCUGCUCCUGCGCCCCGCCCCGGAGUCUGGAUGCAAGUAUGGACAUAAAAGCCUAUAAUGUUUUCUCCGGUCCACCGCUUCAGAGAUAUUGAGAGGAAACCUGAAUACCUCCACCCAGAGAAGUGUAUCCCUCCUCCUCGCCCGGGUUCUCUGGGAACCAUGUGGUUUAUCCGAGAUGGCUGUGGUAUUGCAUGUGCUGUCAUCACCUGGCUCCUGGUCGUGUACGCUGAUUUUGUGGUCCUCUUUGUCAUGCUGAUUCCAUCAAGAAACUAUAUUUAUAGUACAAUCAAUGGAGUAAUAUUCAACAGUCUUGCUUUCCUGGCUCUGGCUUCUCACUUCCGGGCUAUGCUUACAGAUCCAGGUGCAGUGCCCAAAGGAAAUGCCACAAAAGAAUUCAUCGAAAGUUUACAGUUGAAGCCCGGGCAAGUAGUCUACAAGUGUCCAAAGUGCUGCAGCAUCAAACCUGACAGAGCCCAUCACUGCAGUGUUUGUAAGAGAUGCAUUCGAAAGAUGGAUCACCACUGUCCCUGGGUUAAUAACUGUGUGGGAGAGAAUAACCAGAAGUACUUCGUACUGUUUACAAUGUAUAUAGCACUCAUUUCCCUGCAUGCCCUCAUCAUGGUGGGAUUUCAUUUCCUGUAUUGCUUUGAAGAAGACUGGACAGAAUGCAGCUCAUUCGCCCCGCCCACCACGGUGAUUCUCCUCAUCCUGCUCUGUUUUGAAGCCCUCCUUUUUCUCAUCUUCACAUCGGUGAUGUUCGGGACCCAGGUACACUCCAUCUGCACUGAUGAAACGGGAAUAGAACAAUUGAAAAAGGAAGAGAGAAGAUGGGCCAAAAAAACAAAAUGGAUGAACAUGAAAGCAGUAUUUGGCCAUCCGUUCUCUAUAGCGUGGCUUAGCCCAUUUGCUACACCAGACCAGGGGAAAGCAGACCCGUACCAGUAUGUGGUCUGAAGAAUCCUUGACCAGCAGAUCCACUAAAACACAAACCACAUUACAGCACUACCGUUCAAUAAAUUUUACAUGAAUGUUUAAACCGAAAAAGCAAAACAAAAACUUUUUUUUAACAUCAAGUAAAAUGGCGAGCAUUGCAGAGAAAAAAAAUCCCCUUCUGCUGAUGAGCUCCGUUUUUUCAGGCUGUCCGGGCAGCUUCUGGUGGUUGGAGCUCCUCCUCCUCUUCUUUUUUUCAAACCCUUUUAAAUUAACUUUCCUGGCCUUUGGUUUCUUCUCUGCUUUCUGUUUGGCGUAACUAACGUGAAAGGGGCGCGAUUUCCAGUGAUUGUGCCCACCUCUACUAACUGCGUGAGCCGUGACUUUGGUGGUCCCCGCAGAGCGAGCAGAAUGCCAUCUGCCUCCGGGACCUCUGGGGACCAUCGCGGGGAGGAGAGCCAUCCUGGGGCAGCAGUGGGGCUCCUGGGACCUCACCCGAAGAUGGACACUCCAUAACUGAGCUGGGAAAUACUGAGGAUCAGGGAAUGGAGCCCUCGGGCCGCUGGCUUCAUGGGACUUGGGAUUAGCUUUAAAACAAGGCCCAGGGGCCUCUGUUCCUUGCUCCUGAUAAAGGAAAAACAGUUCUGUCUAAGCUGCCUUGUUGGUGGGGGGGUGGGGGUGGGGUAAACAGCAGUAAAGUCUGUUUCCACCAAAUCAAGAAAUUGUGCCCUCUAUUAGUCGAUAGAAUGACUUGGAUGGACGAUUUUUCCUCAGUGCAAAAUGCCUUAUACUAAAAGAAGAAUGAGAAAUGCAACUUUAGGAGAGCAGUUCAAGCCAUUGUUUCCUUGGUGAGAUGCCAGUUAAACAGUGUUAGUGAUAGGGGAUGUGGAGGCGGCAGAGACCUUGGUAUCAGAACACUGGCCCUGCAGUAGACUGGCACACACACACCCUCCCAAGAAUAAAUCAUUUCAGGGAUUAGCAUUUACAAACCCAUCGAGCAAAGUCAUCCUCUGAUAGCUACACACAGUAAUAAAUCCUCAUGCACAUGUAGGUCGGAAGCAGUCAGGUUGGCAAUGUUAGGGAAUCAAAAAGCUACAAUUAGAUGAUGUGGGCAGAACGAGUGGCACUCUGGUCUGAGCUAGGAGAAGGAAAGACGUGUCCUACACACACAACAAAAAAGGGUCCCCGGCCGGUGUGAUGAAGGUGACUGGGGUUUUAUAGGGGAGCAGGAAUCCUUGAAUGUACUGGCAGCAGGUGGGAGGACAUUUUGAAUGCUGGAUGUCUGGAUCCUUAUCAGUUGAUUUUUUAAAAUCUAUUUUUAGCUUUCAUUUUGAGAGUAUGAGAGUGUGAGAUGUGUUAAUGCAUCAGUCCAAACCUGGGUGUGGAGAAAGUCAAUAAUCUGUGCCACUUUUCAGAAAGUAAUGUGAAUGUGCCACAUCUUUUUGAUUCUGUCAAUGCUUCCACAUGGAAAACACAUGCAAUAAAAUUUUUCCAAAACUUGUUUUCUGAUUUAGCUUUAUGACCUGUUGCAAUAUAAGGAGAAAAUAAGCGAAUUCUCUCUGCAAUUGAUGUGAUUUUUUUCUUUUUUUGUCUAAAAAUGUUUUUUGGUAGGUCCUUGUUAACCAAUGUUCUAAAACUCCUUCUCUGGGAAAAAAGAGAUUCUAAUUGCCUCAGCCCAGAGGGUGAGUAGAUGUCUUGAGGACCAAAAGCUAUAUUUCUUUGGUUUCUCUGGACUAAAUUCACUGAGUGAAUUUCAGUCCUUUAGCCUCUGUUACUAUAGGAAUGGAGUCAAGACUUCACAUUUCAGUUAUAGUAGCUGAGUUCUUGGGAAAGGGGGGAAUGUCUUUUGCAUGUGACCUUGAUUAGAAGCAAGUUAGAAGAAAAAGCCACUGCAAACAAAAUUUUGCCUUCAUUUAGUAUCGUUUUGUAGAGAUCUUAGCUCUUUGGUUGUGACCAUUCAGAUUGAAACAAAUCAUUUUCUUCCUUCUUUGACUAACUCAGCCAGUACUUUGCCCAAGUCAAUUUCCUUUCCCUGCCUUACUUUCUCUACUUAUUUAUGCAACAAACAAUACUUUCACAGUGCCCAGGGAAGAAUGGGACUGAUUUUCUUAGCAAUUGCUUCUCCUUUUAUACAUUAGGUGAUUUAACUCUUUAAUAACACUGAUUGCUUAAUUUAAACAUGCCAAGAAAAAAUCAGUUUUGAAUCUUAAUGGGCAUCUUAAACCCCAACUUUCAUUAGCUUUUUGGUAGUUUUUAGUUUAGCUGCCUUUACCAACAACAAUCCCAUGCCCUCUUCCUCUCCUCUCGCUGUCCCCUUCCUAUUCAACUCCCUUUUGAAUAGUAAGACAAAAGGAAAACAUAGAUCAGUGUUUAAAUGCCCUUGAAGUAGAAGCAGCUUUCAUCAUUUCAAAAGGUAUCGCUGUUCCUUUGAACUAGGUUAUGUUUCUUUAGUCCUUUUCAGAUUUUACCUGAGUCUGAGAAGAACAGUAAAACGUUUUAGCAUGUACAAAAUUUCCUGUGCCCUAAAAGCAUAGGAAGCUUUUUCUGUGAUCAAUAAUUUCUCAUGUAUAUGAUAACAUUUGCCAAAAGAAGCACAUUGUAGGGUUAUAAAUCGUAGUCAGCUUACAGUCUUCCUUAUUGUAGCAUUAUUAAAUUUGCUCUCAGUUUGAUGUAUGGAAAGAGUCGAGGAUGGGAAAUCUGAAUUCAGAUCUGGGCUUUCACACUCACUAAUUGUCUUGCCCAUCCUUAGCCUAGAGGGUUGGACAGCCCAGAUGACUGCUCAGGUUCCUUCCUGCUCAAAAAUCAGGUGAGCCCGCAUAAAAGGUGGAUGGAGGUACCUUGAGGAAAGGUGCUUCUGGAGGAUAAAGGCAUAUGCCUGAAAGUCCUUCAUCUUCCCUCCUCUGUAUAGAGAACCCUGAGAAGGAUCCCAGGUUCCCUUGCCCGGGGAACCCGAGGGCCAGGGUCCCUUUUGCCUCCUGCUCCAUUUCCUCCGUAGAGUGAGUGAGCUGGAGGCUACAAUGGCCGUGACUUCCUCACGGCUCAACAUUCUGUGACUUCUCUCAGAUUAACACGUGCAAAAUCAAUGCAGCUUUGUUUGUGACUCUGUGUGCAGUGUCUGGACCCGUCUGUGUGUGGUCUUAAUUGAGGCGCCCGGUGUAGCGGGUUCAGCUGUCUGCUGUGCCACUUUGGGCAAGACACCUACUGUCUCUGAGCCUCAGGCUCCUCAUUACAAAUGGGGAUCUCAAGCUUGCACUACCUACCUCACAGGGUUGUUGUGAGGAAGGCUCCUUGCUCUAUGUUCUUCCUCCUCCCCCACCCCUUCACCCAGCAGAUUGUAAGCUCUUUGAGGGUGAGGACCGUGUCCUUUGUUCCCCUGUUUCCCCCAGAGCCUAGCACAGUGCCUUGCACAAAGUAAGUCUUUGUGUUGAAUUGAAUAACAUCUUCUAUUCAUAUCGUACUUUGCUUCUAAGGGACCUUGCACCUACCAGCCAGCUUUGGGUCAUCCAAGCCAAUGGGAAAGGGAAAGCGGGAGUCGUUGAGAUCCACAAAGAAUGUAAAAAAAAAAAAAAAAAACCUCCUUUCAUUCCCAUUAAUCAGUACCUUUUUGUAUCUGGUACAGGGCACUGUUUAUGGCUACUUUACCUCCUCCUUCCCCCUCAUCCCUUCCCUAUCCUCCAGUCUGUUUUACAAAAAAUAAGUAGCUUUGAUAUAACCAAACUGAUUAAUUCAUCUCCUUAUUUUCCCUAAUGUAUUUGGGCAAAAUCACUUACUAGCCAAAGGGCCAGCAAUGAAAGCAGGGGAGAAAGCUGGGGCUAAAGUAAUCCUCCAAAUGAAUAAUGGGUCUGAGUAACCUGGAAUCAAUGGUAUUGUAUCAUCCUGUAUGUAUCAACGAUAUAGUCGAUUUUGUAUUUCUGUUCAUUGUAUGUAUGACUACUUUUUUUUUUUUGGUUUUGGUUUUCAAUAUACUUAACCCCAGAGAAUGAUCUAUAUGAGAAUGCCUUUUAGAAAAUAAAGAAUUCCCCAUGAAGUGGGAGGAUGCUA